CUGGUCUUGGAUGGAGAAAAAGAUGGGAGAAGCCGUUGCCAGGGUAGCCAGAAAAGUUAACGAAACUGUUGAGAACAGAGCAGACUCUCUUGAUUUGGCAGACUGCAAACUGAUGACCUUCCCCAUUGCCCUUUACAAAGUCAUGAGGCAUGUCACUGAAGGGAUACAUCUCAUCACUCUGGCCAAUAAUGAACUGAAGUCUGUGACGAGCAAAUUCCUCACCACCUUUAACCAGCUUAGAGAACUGAAUUUGGAAGGGAAUUACAUUCAUCGCCUGCCAGAAGAGGUUCAGACCCUUUUACAUCUGAGAGUCAUCAACCUUUCUAGAAAUAAAUUUCAGCACUUUCCGGAGCAGCUGACGUCUUUGAAAGCUCUUGAAACCAUCAACCUAGAAGAAAAUGAGAUUGUGGAGGUCCCGGUCGAGAAGCUAGCCUCCAUGGAGGCUCUCCAGAGUGUGAACCUGAAGUCCAACCCGCUCAGCGAGGAGGUCCGGGUGAUCGCCAGACCGCUGAUCAAGUUUGACCUCCUGAUUUCUCCAGCCAUUGCCCAUGUCUGA